AUGAAGAUCGCCGUACUCGCCACCGUCUCUGGCCUCUUUCUGGCCGCGUCCACCUUGGCCUUGCCAGCUACGAGUUCUGCCCAGCCUGAGGCAUCCUCGGAGCAGUGGCAAGAAGCUUUCAUGAGUAUCUGGUCGUGCCACUGCACCCACCGGGGAGGACAGGAUUAUAAAAAGCACGUCAAGAAGGACAUGCAGUGCAUGAUAGAAAAUACUGCGACAACUGUGGGGAAUUUCGAAACGGGCGAGAAAGAUUCUCUUGUGGAAAUGGACAAGGAAGUAGAGAAAUGCAAAGCAGCUGCUUGGCAGAGGGCUCGUCAUUCUGAAUGUGAGCCUGGCCAAUAUGAAACUGAGUGCUAUUUCCCAAUCUGGAAGGUGUACUCGACGUGCGUUGGCAAUAGCCCGUCGACAUCCAAAAGAGGAUCCGAUUGCCCCAAGAACCCCAACAGCAAACCUGAGAAAGUUAAGGGUGACAAAGCUAAGCCUCAGGGAGCUAAUUCUGAGGAAGCUGAUGAAUGCCCCGAGGACCCUAGCAGCAAACCUGAGGAAGCCAAGUCUCAGGAAGCUAAUCCUGAGGAAGCUGACGAAUGCCCCGAGGACCCUAGCAGCAAACCUGAGGAAGCUAAGUCUCUGGGAGAUAAUUCUAAGGAAGCUGACGAAUGCCCCGAGGACCCUAGCAGUAAACCUGAGGAAGCCAAGUCUCAGGGAGCUAAGACUCAGGGAGCUACGUCUGAGGAAGUUGAGCCUGAAAAAGCUAAGACUCAGGAAUCUAAGCCCGAGAAAGCUGCUAAGACUCAGGAAGCUAAGCAAGCCUAA